AUGCUCUUUGUAAAAGCCUUUGGAAUUUUUACCUGUAUAAUUAUUGCCUGUGAACUAUCAUAUUCAUUGGCAAGAAAAAGUGAAAAUGGUAAAAAUUUAUUACACACAUUGCUGGUCCACAGAGAGAAAAGAAGCUCUCAGAAGGAGGAAUUCGAGGAAUUUCUGGCAGAUCUAAAGGGGUUGUUAAUGCGACAGCCAGAAGAGAGAAUUGUUGAUUAUCUUUCCAAAGUGAGUAAAGAACAGACAGAAAAAACUACACAGAAGACUACAAUUGCCCAGUCAACAAAACCUCAGAUAAAUCUUGGAACAGUGAAGAUCAAUGAGGACCUUUUAAUGAGAAUGGUCGAUCAUCACGGUCAAAAGACAUUUAAAGAAGCAGACACUAAAAACCCCAGGACCAGUAAAAUGGCAGAAACCCUCUUAGAAGAAGACACACACGAUUAUCACCCCAAACCAAUAUGGCGGAAGACUGUGAAAGGCAACAAAAGAACUUUUCUGAAGGGAGAUAACAUCUUGUGGAUUGAUGGCAUUAUUCCAUAUAAAAUCAAUGAAAAUGUCGGCAGUAAAUGUCAACAGGAAAUACAGUCAGCCAUUGCAGUUUUCCAUAAUAAAACCUGUAUCAGAUGGGAACCUUAUUUAGGCAGUGGUCAAGAUCAUGUGGAGUUUUUUAUGGGUGGGAUGAGCUCAUCAUAUGUUGGAAAUAUAGAAGUGAGCAAAUACAGUCAUUUAUAUAACUUGACUAGUCAACCAAUCAGCAUUGAAUCUAGCCACUGUUCCCUCCAUGUGGUUCUUCAUGAAAUGGCCCACACAGUGGGAAUGACCCACGAACAGAGUCGCAGUGACAGGGAUAAUUAUGUUACUGUCCACUGGGAGCAUGUUUUAGGUGGGAAGGAUAACCUAAACUUGGUCAAAGAAGAAACUGAUAAUCAUAAUAUUCCUUAUGAUUAUUCUUCUUUGAUGCAUUAUUCUGUCUUUGCAUUUUCAAAGGAUGGCAAAAAGACUCUUGAAUACAAAAAUACAGACUAUGAAUUUCUGGGUCUUAGAGAAAAUUCUCUAUCUUUCUAUGAUAUUGAGGACAUGACCAAAGCAUACAAAUGUUCACAGAAAUGUCCAGACCUGAAGUGCCUGAAUGCAGGAUAUAUGGAUCAUACUUGCACUUGUAAGUGUCCAGAGUACCUUCGAGGUGAACAUUGUGAAGAUGUGAUAACAAGUGAUUGUGGUGGGAUAGUAGAGCUAUUUGCAGAAAAUGAUCAAAAGUCCAUCUUAUCACCUAACUACCCUCAGUCAUAUUCAGUUGGAGACACCUGUAUUUGGUUAGUGAAGGCUCCAACUGGAAUGAAAAUUGAGAUCACCAGCAGUGAUUUUGAUCUUCCAGAUGGUAAUUCAAAUCAAUGUUAUCAUUGGCUAGAAGUUAGGUCCAAUCUGAUUGGCCAACCAGGCCCAUUAUAUUGCGGAGAUUCGCUUCCAGUGAUUGAAACAUCUUUAGGGAGUGAAUCUCACCUACUCUUGCUUAAGUUUGACUCUUCUUACCAAUUCACCAAAUCUGGUAAAGGUUUUAACUUGAUUGUAACAUCCAAACUUAGCCCAAUCCAGACGGGUUUAACCCCUUUUUCAAGUAUUUCGAACACUUUUUGUGAGUUACAUCCUGAUUGGUGUUAUAAUAGGGGAUCAUGUGUGAUCAGCAAUGAUGAAGUCAGCUGUGUCUGCCCAGAUCAGUUUUCUGGAAAAUUUUGUGAACAUGACGAAAAUCUUAAUCAAAUUGCAAAUCAAUCUCCAGUUGAGUUAGGAACUUAUAUUUGCAAACCAGCAAUAAAAUGCAGUAUUAAAAAUUUAACGGGUAAAUAUGCAUGGAAAGUUGUUGACAAUUUUCUAACGGUCACCCCAAGACAAGGAACAAAAGGAGAUGAGGCAGAAAUGUUCAUCCCAUUCAAAAUUGCUAAUCGUGACAUGAAUUUGGAAUUCACAUUUAGGUGUUUCAGUGCUGGUAAAUCUGCUGUUACGUUAGAGGUCACACGUUACAUAGAGAGUACGUAUUACCAGUAUGAUGAAUCUGUAUACAUAGGACGAUGUGAUGAGUCGGGGGCUGCGAAAGACGUAUCUAUUCCUAUUUAUCCGUUUUUUGAUGAGGAAUCCACAAUUUUCUUCAAAGCAAAGCUGCAAAAUGAUGGGGAUUUCAAUAUAGCAAUUGAACGCAUCUCAAUUGCUGAAAUUCAUAAUAUGAAAUAGUGAAUAUUUACAUGUGCA